AUGCACCCCCCACCACACUUCGACAAGUGGUUCCAGUUUGCCCAGUCCAAGGGCGUCCAGAUGAUUGAUGAGUUUGACUCGGUUUAUCAUAAUCUUCUCCCCUUCUGGGCCGUGAAGCCCCAGACAAUCCGUGAGCGCGCCCGCGAGGCGCUCGGUUUCGACAACGCCAUGCUUGGUCUUUUGAUUCGCGAUGGCAAGGUAUCCCUGACGGAGGGUGGAGGUGAUGGGCGCAAGUGGCAGCGUGAGGCCACUGCAGGUAUGAUGAAGGACUUUGUGAAGUACCUACCGGAUAUGGACCUAGUAUUCAACGUUCAUGACGAGCCCCGCGUCGUGAUUCCCGGCGAAGACCUCCAGCGACUGGUGCGAACCGCGACGGACCAAGCCAUCCCUGCUUCUUUCCAGAAAAAUUCUCCUACCAAUUCGUGGUCUCCCCGUGCUGCCAAUAUCAAUAAAGGCGACCGCUUUGAUGAGGUUCGCACCACUCGCUUCAACCGAUUCGCACACCAGCCUACCUGGACCAACUCUCGCAUCUCCUGCCCCGUCGAUAGCCCUGCCCGAUCGCUCGACGAAGAUGCGCCAGACAAUGAGGACUCAUAUGCGCUUGGUGAAAUGGGAUUCAUCUAUAACACCACUGCCUUCUCCGACAUUUGCCACAGCCCCUCCUUACGCUAUACCUACGGAUUCUUCGAUCGCCCGAACGCUUUUGAUGUGGUGCACGAUUUGUUCCCUGUAUUCUCUCAGAGCAAGAUAUCGAGCUUCCAGGAUAUCCUGUACCCCAGUCCAUGGUACUGGGUACAGAAGGUUCCAUACGAGAAAUCCAAGGAUUACUCCUGGGAUGCGAAGACAGAUCGGAUGUAUUGGCGUGGCUCCACCACUGGUGGUUUCUCGCGCGCUGGUGGCUGGCGCCGACAACAUCGGCAGCAGUUCGUUGACAAUGUCAACUCUUUGACUCCAUCCAAGGUUCUGGAGCGCCAGCAAGAUAACUCGUGGGUCUCGAAAGAAAUCACCCCCGAUGUAUACCGUGACAACUUUGAUGUCAAGUUUACCAUGAUUGGUCAAUGUGAUCCCGACGACUGCCACGCCCAACAGGAGUACUUUGAGGUGGUCAAGGCCGCCGGCCAACAAGACGCCUGGGCUCAUAAAUACCUGGUUGACGUGGACGGCAAUGCCUUCAGUGGUCGGUUCUACGCGUUUUUGCUCAGCAACAGCUUUGUAUACAAGAUUGCUCUCUUCCGUGAGUGGCACGAGGAGUGGCUCAAGCCUUGGCUGCAUUAUGUCCCGCUCGGCCUGAAGGGCAACGAAUACACGGAGACCAUGCGCUACUUUACCAAGGAAGAAGAAGGCAAGAAGGCGGCCUCUCAGAUUGCGACUUCAGGCCAGCAGUGGGCACAAAAAGUAUUGCGGAACGAAGACUUGGAAGUUUGGUUCUUCCGGCUACUUCUGGAAUACGGACGUCUCGUGGAUGACAACCGCGAACAACUUGGCUUCUCUCUUUGA